AUGGAGCGAGCCCUCUCCCACCAAGAAAAUGUUUCUAGGAUGCUCAGGGGGGAUCUCUUCUACUCUUUCACCCCAGAGUUGGUAGCUGCCCGCGAACGCUGUCACGGCGCCUGCAAGCGCUUCAAUGCGGCCACAGACCUCAGCCGUCGGGAGCAGGUGCGCUUAUGGAAGGAGGUCAUUGACGACGACACUCCCCUACCCGAAGACGACGACGCUCUUUCCAACGAACCGUACAUUGAAGCACCUAUCAUGGUCGAUUAUGGCACCAAUUUGAAGCUCGGAAAGGAUGUCUACAUAAACUUCAGCUGUACCUUCUUGGACUCUUGUCCUAUCACCAUUGGCUCUCGCACCCUCAUCGGGCCCAACUGCUCGCUGUACGCAACAUCUCACCCAAUUGAUGGACACAUCCGGGAUGGUACCAAGGGACCAGAAUGCGCCCAACCUAUUGUGAUAGGGAAGGACUGUUGGCUCGGCGGAAACGUGAUAGUCCUCCAGGGAGUUACCAUCGGCAAUGGAGUUACUGUUGGGGCAGGCAGUGUAGUGACCAAAGAUGUUCCGGACUACACCGUGGUCGCAGGGAACCCUGCUCGAGUAUUGAAAAAGUUGGAACCGCCACCAUCUAAGGGUUAA